UUCUUGGGCUGACUCUGGCAGCAGUUCCGUUAGUGUUUUUGUGUAUAUGUGGAUCUGUAAUUUUGGUUCAACUUCGUUAGAUCAACCAGAAAAAAAAUGAGCGAUCGAAGAGGAGAAGAAGUGACUUCAUCCUUCAACUGGUCAACAGUUAUAAACCAGAACAAAGCCAACGGUUCGACUAACUGUGUAUGGAACGACACCUCAGCCCACCCCUUCUUCUUGGUGGUCUACAGUCUGGUGUUCCUGGUGGGUCUCCUCCUUAACGGCUUCAUGAUGUUUUACUUCUGCCGAGCUCAGCAGAAGCCGUCCAGCAGCAUGAUGAUCUACCUGAAGAACUUGGUAGCUGCUGACUUCCUGCUCUGCCUCAGUCUCCCCAUCCGCAUCACCAACUAUGCCACCAGCUCUGCCACCUUCCACCAAGUUGACUGCAACUUUGGCGCCUCCGUCCUAAUCCUCAACAUGUACGCCAGCAUCAUGUUCAUGGGCUACAUAGCCGCUAACAGGUAUCUGAAGGUAGUCCAACCUUUAGGAACUCACAUCCUUCAGUCAGUGCGGGUUGCUCACAUCAUCUCCACGGUAACCUGGGUUUUCCUCCUGGCUGUGACAAGCAGCUACGUCAUCCUGUCGUUCCACACCCAGGAACCUUUUACCUCUGUCCCAGUGAGCUGUCAAGGCUUUCACAGUGGCCAGCACACCUUGCUCUUUAGGAUCAUAAAUGUCUUCUCCACUGUCAUGUUCCUGUUUGUCCUGGUCUCUCUGGUCUUCUUUUACUACAGCACCUCUCGCAGGGUGUUGCUGGCGCAGCAGAGGCAGCCGGCGUCCUCCAACUCCAUGAAGCUUGCAAAGUCACGCAGAAACAUGUUAGUCCUGGUCAGUGUCUUCUGCUUUUGCUUCGUCCCCUACCACCUGAUUUGCCUUCCCAAAGCUUUCCUGUGGAGGCAUUGUUCAUGGAGCAAGGUUUUCUACUACGGGAUGGAGCUGACCGUCGUAAUGUCUGUUCUCAACGUCUGCCUGGACCCAGUCAUCUACUUCAUCCUCUGCAAGGGGUUCAGAACCCAGCUUAGGCUGGGAGUGGUGCGUGGAAACUGAUAAUACCCGCUCAUAACAUUUUAACUGCCAUUAAUGUAAUA